AUGCUCUCUUCGAUUGCCUUACUUAGCAGCCCAUUGUUUUUACCAUCCACAGAGUGGUCAGAAUAUCGCCGUCUCAUCACCAUCGGUCUUAGCUUUUCCUUGCUAGGCGACUUUUUUCUUAUUCCUUCGCACCGUGAAUUCUAUGCCUUGGACAGCAAAGCCUCAACUCGCGGUAAAGUAGAAGAGCAAGGAAAAGUAUCCAUAUCUUUUCAGCUCGGUAUCGUCGCCUUCGCAGUGGCUCAUAUAGCCUAUACUGCGGCCUUCCUCCAGAACUCUCGUGAGAUCUCCUCGACGGCUUUUGCUGCUACGUUCGUAGGGACUCUGGGCGCUGGUAAAUGGUUGGGUGUUAUUUAUCCCCCGCCCCGUUCCUCACUCAAGACCAAUGUACUGGACCUUCAUAUUGCUCCAGAGAUGAGACCACUGGUGGCUGUUUAUGCUGUGAUUAUUGCUACAAUGUUUGCUGCGGCUACUUCAACGUCACCAUCGGUGGUUCCAUCCCACUGGUUACACUCGCGAGCUUUGGGAGCUGCUAUGUUUGUUGUAAGCGACCUUUUCGUUGCCAAGAAUGCUUUCGGGAGAUCUUCUAGGUCCAAGAGCCGUGGAGUCCUCGAGAUACUUAUGGGCUAUGGGCUUUAUUUCUGGGCCCAAAUGGUGAUCGCCGGAACAGUGGAAGCUUAA